AACGAUGAGGCGGCGAGGUGAGUGUUGCCCGGGUUGGCGGCCAAGACCGCACAAAGAAGCAAAGUGUAUCUUCAUUAUGGUACCGAUAAACUGUUUUCUGGUUUAAUUCAAUGUCUAAUGUGUUGAUAGUGCCAAGGGGAAGAUUUACGCUGUCUUUUAUACACCCUUUGCUCUUCUGUAGCACAUAAUUAGACCUUGCUACUCGCUUAUUCCCUUCUAAGAAAGCUUAAAAUCUUACGAAAUAGCUGGAGGGGAUCGAUUACCUGGCAGGCCGUGUUCUAGAAGCAGUGCAUGAUGACCCUCCCCCAUGUUAUGUUAUCUGCUAAGCCGCCCUCCCCCUCCUCCGUGCUAGUUACCAUGGCACGAGGAGGCACUCCGUUUGUAAGGUAGAGAGAGGGAGAGAGAGAGAGACCAGACACAGAAAACGGAGACAAUUAGACAGCAGACAGACAGAGAAAGAGCUAGCCAACUGACAGAUACGGGAAUACAAAACAGGGAGGCACAAGCACCGUCCUUCUCUCGAGGUCCUGGUAACUGGGUGGCGAGGCGGUGCUCGAGGCGGGCGGGGCGGCCAGAUGGGUGUGUCACGAUCCCGUUGACCCCUGAGCAGAAAACCGGCGCCUCGCAAAACUUUUAUCUCUUGCCCUUUAAACUUUUAUGUAUCCCACGCCGGCCCAGCAACACGGCCAGCCACGCGCGUCACCAGCCAGUUCAAGAUGUCCACUCAUUCCACUCCCGCCCGCUGUGGGGAAUCCUCUCUCCUCUGGCCCCGGGUCCUUCCGUCUCGCCACGCGCCAGACAACAGGGUCUGACCUGUUUAUCUUCAUCUGUCUUAACCCUUCGUGACUUCGUGGGGACAUGGGAAGACAUCGUGAUCCAGUCUUCCGUAGAUAGUGAUUAUGAUAAAGUGCUGGGAUGAGGAAGGGGAAGGAGACAGAGGUGACAAGGAACUAUUAAAGAGGACAUCCUUGCGCCGCGGGACCUGAAUGGGAACGAGCCACGCUCAUCCUGCCAAGCAUGCAUGUGUCUGCUACGGCAUAUCUUAAAUCUGGCUACCCUCAGAUUUCCCAGCGACCCACUUUUUGGCUGCACACACAAACACACACACACACACACACACACACACACACACACACACACACACACACACACACACGGCUGCCAGGUCUGUGGUGGAGUCAUGUCAGUCACCAGGCUGGCUGAGUAUCGCGUCCUGCUAAGGGUGCUAAAGGGUUGCUCGAGACUCAGUAAAGGGGGGCACGUCACCCUCAAGGUUCCCGCGGGUUAUAUGGGAAAAAAAAGCUGCCUCCACAGAGCCACUAACAAUGCACAUAGCUGCGUGGGAAAAAUCACAAACAGGUGUAGGCGCGUUUUGAUAACUGGAGAUCUAAUAGCAUUUGAAAGUGAAAGUAAAAUCUACCUAUGUAUAUGCAGGUGUUGUCGGCACACUUGUAACAUGAUGCAAUAAUGACUUCAGAAACACCUGUGGAAGAAGAAAUUGUUGACAUGGAAGUGAGGAAACAUUCUUCUCGGGAGAGAAAAGACAUGGGCCGGAGCGCGACGGAGGGAGGAGUGGGGAGAAGGGAGACACAAGAAGAACCAACAGGCAUUCAGGAGAAGGAAGUGAAAGAUGAUAUUGAGAGGAAAUAAAGAGAGGACACGAUAGACACUUAGAGGAAGCAAGCAGACAGACGAAGAGGAAGCCGACGGCGAAGAGAGUGAAUCACGCCGCCGGGAAUCGAUCAGACAGAAGCAGACGCCAGCCAUGCCGCCACUAACCCGCAUGGCAACACCUCGCUCUCGCGCCGGAACUGGAGGCGGGCGGCGGGGGCCCAGGGGUGGCAAGGAAGGGCCAUUGGCGGGGGCGGCGGUGGGGCGGAGGGGAGAGAGGCAGAGGGGCAGGGUAAUGGUGUUCAGACGAAAGUAGAAAUUUUUAAAAUCACAAGUGUUUCAAAAUACUGUGAUGCUGCCUGGGGAGUAGCGAGUAGGGCCACCGGAAGCCAGACGGUCUGAGGAUACGCAGACAUUAGCGUGAGACGGCGACGGGGACACGAACAAGACGGUGACGGGGAAGACGGAACGAUGAUGAAGAGAGACGACGCGGCGAGACUGACAAGACGGUUAGCCACAGUGACUAUGUGACGGUGGGAAUGUGAUGUGAUGUGGCGGUGAAGAUGGGGCAGUAACGGUGGCAACGGGUUGGUGACGGCAUUAAUGGAGCGGUGGCCGGCAGUGAUGGAACAGAAGUGGCGGUGACGAGUCUGCGAGAUCAGUGAUUGCGAAGGAAUGAUGGUGAAGGGGUGACGGAUGGGCGAAGGCAGGUGGUGACAGUGACGGACGUGGAAGUAAGGGCGGCUGUCAGGCUAAGGUUUGGACGGACAGGACAGCCUAGAGAGUGAAGAUCCGAAGCCCCACCGACAGCAGCGCCGCCCACCCAGCACCCGACACCCCUAUGAGGACACGCACAGGCGUGUUGGAAACUAAUGUCAAAGGGCGUGAUACAGCAGGCCUGCCCACCACAGACUGCAGCUGCUCGGAGCAUGGGCAGUGGAAUGCAGAACGUUCUAAACACAGGAACCGAAGACAAAGUAGACACCGCCAAGCAGAAGCCGAGGAGGCAGCCAUGUUGUGGUUUCUGCAGGAACCACAACCUGGAGGUGCCAGUCAUCAACCAUCACUGCCAGUAUGCUGAGUGCACCUGCGUGUUCUGCGAGCUCACCAGGCGGCGCAGGAGGAUCAUGCGUCACCAGCAGCGCCUGUGGAGGUAUAAAAAGUUCAGCUGGCAGCAGAGGGAGGCGGAAGAGAACACUAGUGAGGGUGAAGGGACACCAAACAACUUCCAGUCAGAGGAACAGCAGGAGCAGCUGGACCCCGCCAAGAGCCACACCAGGAGGGAAAUGGUGUGCGACAAAUGCCGGAACCAUAACAAGAUCGUCAAGAAGCGCGGCCACAAGGGCAGCUGUCCGUUCGAAAACUGCAAGUGUGAACUGUGUAUCUUCACCAUCAAGCGACAGAAACUCAUGAAGCACCAGCAGCGAGUGAGAAGAUCUCAAAUAGCUGCACCCGCGGUACAAGUCGUGAGGUCGCCACCGCAGCCCCGGGCCACCGCUGACAGUCCGGAUAGUGAUCUGCAGUCCGUGAAAAGUGUCCCACCCAUAAGCCCACCCACAGACAGCCUUCACGAAAGGACGGAGAGGAACACUGAAGCAGGAAGAAGUCCUCUUGUCCACGCCGCUCCUCAGGACAUGUCACCCACAGUUGAAUGGACCAGCCAAAUGAACGAGUGUACCAUGGAGGAGGCGCCGCAGCCGCAAGACAACUGCUUCCACCCUGUUACCACCACCCCCUGCCAACCGACACCCCUCGACCACCAUCUGGAAUACCACGGCACCUCAGACAUGCACUCACCCAUCCAGCUCACCAAAAAUGAUCAUAACCUUAACUCAUCCCCAAGACUCGAGUAUCCGGGAAAUAUGAGGCUGUCGGUGAUGUGUGGCGGGUUUGGACGCGUUCCGCAGGUUCAGAACGUCUCCACCGCACUGUCCUCCCUCCCUGCGUAUGGGCACCAUCGCUUUGUGCCUUGGAAUGGAGCAGUGUCUGAGAUGGGUGAAAGGUGCAGGAUGGAACCCAACAACAACGUUCACCAUCAAGUUCCGCUCAGACCACAACCCAUUCCCGCCGAUCGCCUUCCGCGUCCACAGAUGGACUGGCCGUUCAUAGGCUUCUCUUACCCUCCAGCCAACAUACUUCAGUCAGCCCCACAACCUUCAAUCUCUGUCUGUGACAACUUCAUGCCACAGCAUCCCCAGGCAGGCAUGGACGAACAUUGGUAUGGUACCAGAGGUCCCCACCCGACGGAAGGUAACGGUGUCUCUUAUUCCGGUGGCCUUCCUUACUUUGCCUCUGCCCUGCUACAUCCUGGUGCCAAACCUUCCUUGUCGCUGAUGCCCACGGAUAGAACUCUGCCGGAGUAUGGCUCAUCUCUGACCGAAUUCAAACAGCGAGACCUGCACCAAGUCAACCAUUUUGGAGCCUUCCCGAGAAACUGCAACAAUGUCAUAGUAUGAACAAACCAACAACUUUGACGCGCAUCCAUGAAACUUGUCAAGAAUGUGGAUCCAGCGUCUUAAAGUAAGGACUUGGUUGUGUAGCGCCAGCCAGAGAGCUACAGGUAAUUAUCGGGGUUAUCGCUUAUAGUCUGACUGGAAACGUUGAUUGGCAAACUACCCUGACGAUCCUGACAGCGUGACCGUUUCUCACAGAGAAUUUAUUCCACCUUCAGAUCAAUUUCUGUUUUUAUGAAGUGACCAAGCUAAACCUUACAGUGCUGGCAAGCAGAGAAAAUCACAGUUUAGAUGUGAAUGUGGGUUAUGAGCCGGGCAAUUUAGGGAAGGAAUCAGAUUCUGCGCUUUCCUUAAGAGAGAAUGGCUAAGCCGCGCUGCCAUAAGAAACUAAAGGACAUCAGAGGGAAUGGCUAAGCUGCGCUGUUAAAAGAAAAUGAAAGACACUGGUCCUGGUUGCGGAAACUGAAACACCAGAUUUUUUCCUGUAAAUGAAGGAGAAAAAGGCUGUAUAGUACCAGGACAAUUCAGGUUGAUCAACACGCACUCAGGCCUUGGCCAUUACUCAUAGUUUGACUUGUAACGUUGGAUUCGAAUACAAGAGUGCAUCUCAAGGCGAAUUUAUUCCGCUUUCAGAUCAAUCUCUGUUUUCAUGCUAAUCCAAAGUUGGCAUCACAGGUGAUGUUUCUAUGAAUACUGAGUGCGUAUUCCUACAUCCCAAUGAAUGAAUUGUUGUAGAUAAUCUUAGUUUAGUUUGUGAGGACAGGAGUAAGAAAGACAGGAAGCUUAGGUGUCUAAACGACUGAGUUUUCAUUAAAGUUUUCAUCUGGUAUAAAAAAACACGAGGGCUUUCUUUCCACCACGGAACAAUGGCGAGACACACGAUUCAUUCAUAAGACCUGAACUGAAAGAUACAGUGAGACCAAUGAAACACAGCCUGAGAAACAGCAAAGUGGCGGGUGAAAAUCAAGACUACGUACAAGCGAAACACAUAACCACCACGGAGCAUACUCAGGCUCCAGUGGGUAUUGGACAGACAAGGUGGCGUGCGGCAUUAAGACAUACUUCGAUUCUGGUAAAAAGAAAAAAAAAAAGGGGGCUCUCAGAAAAUCUAUGAGGAAACAAAUUCUAUAUUGUACAGGGGCUGUGAAGUGUAGGGCUGUGAGAGGAGGCUGCUAGUCAGGCGAACACACUGACUGCAGCGAUCCAUUCUUUUAUGUAAGAGAUUAAGUCCAGUUUGAGGCUGUGAUUGUUUUUUUGUUUUUUUCUUCCCAUUUUCCUUCUUCCAUGAAUGUUCCCGUGUCACAUGUUUCUUUCACUACUUGUUGCUCACACAUUAAGUAAUAGGACAUAGUAGCUGCUCGUACAUCAAAUAAACAAAGGGUUGAAUAUUAUCGCUUGUAUAGAUUUACAGCAUUCUCUCUCUCUCUCUCUCUCUCUCUCUCUCUCUCUCUCUCUCUCUCUCUCUCUCUCUCUCUCUCUCUCUCUCUCUCUCUCAGUAUCAUUUACAUUUCAGUGUAUUGUAUGCUUGAGGACGACGCACUGGGUUUCACAUUUUGCAUCGUAUGAAAAUUGUUUUGUUUGAUCGCUAAAGAUCUGAAAAUAAAACUUCAAACAUUUUCUCCUCCUGACCAGUUAUCCCGCUAAAGUUUUCACUUCGGUAACAUUCAAAGUUCUGGCCUGAUGGGUGUGUGUAUAUCACAGGCCUGGAACAUGACCUCAAAUCUAUUUGUAACACACACACACACACACACACACACACACACACACACACACACACACACACACACACACACACACACACACACACACACUACACACACACGUCAUUGUAGUAUUAAAUAUUGUCUAAAUAUCACUCGCUCUUCUUAACCUUUUAUUUUCUUAAACAAAUGGAUAUCAGAGGAGGUGUUUAAUCAAAAGUCUACUGGUUGGUGCAUACAGUUCCAUCAAGUAACGUUGAAGGAAAGGUGCGCCGGGAGAAGUAAGAUCACUUUUGGUUAAGGAAGCAACUUAAAUAUAGACUUUAAAUGCUUAGUGAUAUUAAUUCUCACUUGUGGGAUGCCAGGCAUCAAUAGACAACACACAAGGAAAGAAAUGCCAGAAAAUAAGGAAGAUGUUGAUAUUGAUAUAUUUAUUGGCCAUUUAGUAUAUACACAGUAUGGAAUAAAAAUAAAAAUAUUAAGGCCAGGUCCAGGAAGCAGAGGCUUUAUUACGACCUGAACGUUUUUCUGUGAGAGAUGCUUAGCAAGGAACUGUCCAGCCAGCCAAGCUGUAUACAUAAAUGUAUACACAUGCAUUACACACACACACACACACACACACACACAGAGAGAGAGAGAGAGAGAGAGAGAGAGAGAGAGAGAGAGAGAGAGAGAGAGAGAGAGAGAGAGAAAACAUGUAUCUACAUAAUCACAUGCAUACAGAUAUGCUAACAUAUGGAUAAGCAUUCAUUCAUGAAUACAUACAUAGUCGUUUCCACACACACACACACACACACACACACACACACACACACACACACACACACAUAAAUACACAUAUAUUAACAAUACAGUGUGGCGGCAGCAUGUGCUCGAAUUUAGAGUUCGCAUUUAUGAGUUCUUAAAGAAGUAUAAUUUUCUCCCUGCUUCAGCUUCAUGUCCAGGGCCGGUUUUAAGCCUAUUUGACCAAUUUUAUUAAAUUGGGCCCCGCACCUCAAGGGGCCCCGCGGCAGCGGCGACAGAGUUACGGCUUGAAGCCUUUUCUGUAUUCCAAGAGGAAUAAGCCACUACUGAAAACGUGAAAUGAAGAAUGAGAAAUUAUUAUUCCUCACAUUAUUCAUUUCGUAUGCGUACUAUAUUAUUUUGGUUAAAGACGAGCAUACUACACGAAAUAUAAACAUACAUAAAUUUUUACCUUUGUAGAGUAGGGGCCCCGCCAUCAGUUUUCUUAUUGGGCCCCGCAAUUCCUAGCACCGGCCCUGUUCAUGUCAACUGUAAUAUUGCAAAAAUAUAUAUUUCCUCGCCUGCACAUGAUUAUGUUAAAAGAUGAUGAAAGAAACGCACACACACACACACACACACACGCACAAAAAAAAAAAAAGCACUGCUCCUGGAUUAAAGUCACAACCACGAAAUGGAGUCGGACAAAAGGCCUAUCGGUCAAGAAGAUCCGAAAUAUCACCAGAAAACGCAGUAUCUUCCCUUUUCUUUGCUUUAUGUUACUUUCAGGUUCUUUUUUUUAUAUGAAAUGACAAGAAAAGAAAUAUUUCUUAAUACAACUCCAACUUUCUUGGUCUUAAAAAGCAUUGUAUUAUAUAUUUUAUUCUUCAAAAUACAUUCCUAGGUGAACUUAGAUGAUGUUCUGAUGUUCUACCACUUGCUGAUUGGUUGUUUGCCUUUUGGGUCUGGAAAGGCAAACGCUUUGCUGGGCAUGUUUGUUUCCGUUUGCCUUGUGAGCAAAGCGUUUGACUUGUCGGUGACUCUACUGAAAAAGCCAAUAUAUUGACUAAGUUGCAAUACAAUACAACUAUACAAGUCUUCUCAACGUAGAUAUAUCUUCUGAAGUUGCAUUGUGUUACAACUGACUGUCAGUAUCUGUAAUGAUAACCACGUGUGAGCGUGUUUAAGAUUAUAUAUAGUAUAAUUACUGUAUUGUUAAUAUGUGUGUGUGUGUGUGUGUGUGCGUGUGAUUCACCCACGGUCGUCUGCUGGUCACCCAGCCAGCCGUUCCCCUACGGAAAGAGCUCAGAGCUCAUAGUGACCGAUCUUUGGGUAGGACUGAGACCACUGACACACCACACACCGGGACAGCGAGGUCACAACCCCUCGGAUGACAUCCCGUACUUACUUCCUGCUAGGUGAACAGGGACUACACAUUGAGACUCAUCCAUUUGCUUCGCCGCUCCCGGGAUUCGAACCCGGGCCUUCUUGGUUAUGAGCCGAGCGUGCUAACCACUACGCUACGCGAUGUGUGUGUGUGUGUGUGUGUGUGUCCCCGAAGUAAUAUUAAAGUUAUAUUUGGCGCUGGUCAGACCUCAUCUGUGCAGUUCUGGUCCCCAUGUUACAGGAAGGAUAUAAGUCUAUUAGAAUCAGUAUAAAGAAGAAUGACUAAAAGGAUACAGGGAAUGAAGAGUAUUCCUUACGAAGCGAGACUGAAGCUGUUAAAUUUGCAUUCUUUAGAGAGACGUAGGUUAAGAGGGGACCUGAUAGAAGUCUUUAAGUGGUAUAAAGGUAAACAAAAUUCUUAGGAUCAGUAACCAGGUUAGAACAAGAAAUAACGGGUUCAAGCUUGAAAAAUUUAGGUUUAAAAAGAGAUAGGAAGAAACUGGUUCUCGAAUAGAGUGGUAGAUGGAUGGAACGGACUCAGUAAUCAAGUUGUUAGUGCAAAAUCAUUAGGGAGCUUUAAGAGAAGAUUAGACAGAUUUAUGGAUGGGGACGAUAGGUGGAAAUAGGCAGGUAUGAUUAAUACAGGGACUGCCAGAAGCCCGAUGGCUUCUUGCAGCUUCCCUUAUUUUUUAUGUUCUUUUGUGUGUGUGUGUGUGUGUGUGUGUGUGUGUGUGUGUGUAAUGCAUGCGUAUACACUUAUGUAUAUAACUUCGAUGGCUGGACAGUACCUUGUUAUGCAUCUUUCACAGAAAAACCUUCAUGUCCUAAUAAGGCUUCGGCUUCCUGUACCUGGUUUUAUUAAUUUUAUUUUAAUGCAUAUUAUGUAUAUGAUAAAUGGCCAAUAAAACUAUCAAUAUCAAUAUCA